AUGGUGAAGUCAUACGACAGAUACGAGUUCGAGGACUGCUUCGGCAUUGUCAACUCGAAGACUUCCAACUGCGUUUUCCUGAACAGUAGCAGCAUUUUGUCAGGGCAUGAUGAAUGUGUAGGCCUAUGGAAUAUACAAGAGAAGGAAAUAAAGAAGAAACUCACAGUUCCCUUCACAGCUCCGUAUUAUUUUUUUUCCUACCACGUGACGCACAUAUGUGUAAACCCGAAGGAUAAAAAUAUGAUCGCGGUGGGAUAUGUUAAUGGAUGUAUUAAAGUGUUUGACGUAGAGUCGAACAAAGUCACUUCGACCUUCGCAGGACAUACAUCUGCCAUAAAUAAAUUGAAGUUUAAUGAGGACGGUAAUUAUCUAUGCUCAUGUGGGAAGGACACCAAUAUUAUACUGUGGGACGUGGUAAACGAUCAAGGGUUAUUUAAAUUGGAAGGACACACCAAUAUCGUUAACGACAUAGAGUUUUUGAGAAGGAAAAAUAAUUAUGUAGAUAAUUUUGUGAAUAAUAAUUUGCUCAUCAGUGCAUCGAAAGAUUGCCUCAUCAAAGUUUGGGAUUUAAACAUUCAGUUGUGUGUACAAACUGUGGUCGACUGUGAGGAAGAAAUUACUUCCAUCCUGAUUAACGAAACGAAUACAAGGUUAAUCGUCGCUUGCAAUUCUGCCAUAAAAGUGUAUAAAAUUGACGUCCACGUUGGGGGGCAUGACAAAUUUAGUAGCUCCUCCAAGGUGUACCUGACCUUCCUAACUUCUAUUAAGCGCACAAACAACAGUCGAAUACAAAAUAUGAAAAUGAUUUUUCUCGUUCAAAGUGAGAGCCACUAUGAUGGUCUCGAUAUGCAGGAGGAACGUUUGCUCUACGAUGAUGAGGAUGAUGACGAUAACGAUGAUGAUGAAAACAUUUGGACCCAUUUGGAGAAAAACGAAGCCACAGACGACGAUGCUGCUUCGGAUAGUAACACCUCUAAUGAUGGGAACGCAAAGGGGAAAACACAAAACCGGGGUGACGACCCAACAAAGAGUCUGCCCCAUCAGAAGAAACCCAAUUCGGACGUCCAACAGACCGAUAAACACAUUUUAAGUGUUAUAAAGAAAUCGCUGAACAAGUCGGUAAAAUUGUGCAACCGAAGCAACUACUGCGCUGAUGGGGACAACAACGGAAUCCUCCUCUGCUGCACGAACGCUAAAAAAAUCGAGUUGUACAAAAUAAACUCUGUGAAGAAUCAGAAAAAAUCAGAAAAAAAUAAAAAAAAAAGAAUCUUGGAAAAAUUGAAGAAGAAAAAAAAAGCCAUUUUGAAAGAAGCCCAAAGGGUAGAAAAGUUUAAAGGAACACAAAACAUAGAUUAUACUAACUUGAUGGAGGAAGUGAAAAGUCUAGAGGAAGAAAUUGCUGCCCAUGGUAAGUAUCACUUCCAUACAGCCAAUGAUGAGGUAAAGUUUUUGUUUCAUUACAACUGCAAGUUUAGGCUACAAUACCUGGACGUGUACCGCAGGAGGAAGAGGGACUCCUAUAUCUACCUCCUUGCUGCGUACGUCACGAAUCGUUUGAGCGUAUUCCAGGUGAACCUCUUCGACGUUUUGACUAAAAGGGAUGAGUUCAUCGUCAGGGGGGGUGACGAGGAAAAACGCGACGAUGGCGAAGCAGACGGUGAAGAAGACGUGGUGGACGAGGACGACGCGGAUAAGGAGGCAAGCGAUGCCGACCGUGAGGACACCGAUGAGGAUGACAGUAAUGACGAUGAUGAGAUGGAAGAAAAGGAGAGUGAUGAAGAAAAUGAUGAUGACGACGUGGACGAGGAGGAUGACGCCCCCAAGGGUGAAACACGCGGCGACCUCGGCGCGCCUGCCAAAAUUGUGGAGAAAAAAAUUUAUGACUAUUCCAAAUGCUUCAAGGAGACGUGCGAAAUAAACAAGGGGCACAACAGCACGGUGCAGUUUUUGAGUCUUUCAGAGAAGAACGAGCUGCUGGUGUCCAUCUGUAGGAAGUACGUGAAGGUGUGGAGCAUGCGGACCUUCCAGAAUAUUGUCACCAUAAAUUUGGAGGGGUGCACGAACGCGCUGUUCUGCGAGGACGAUGAGUAUAUGCUGAUUAGCGAUGACACCGGGUACAUCUACUUGUACGAGUUGAGGAACAUUGAGGUGAGGCACUCUCACAAGGCGCACGCGAAUGGGAUCAUCAGCAUGUGCAAGAAUGUGAAACAGAAGCGGUUUUUGUCCGUCGGGGAGGAGAGCUACUUGAAGGUGUUUGAGUUGUGCUGGAGGGAGGGGGGUGAUGAAUCGGACGGUGAAUCCAGCGGUGGGGAGAGCGACGAAAUAGAACAGGAGGAGGGCGUCCCAAUAGGCAAUGCAGCCAGUAGCGCGAAAAAGCGACGGCGAAUAAGCACCUCGGGGGAAGCCCAAUCUGCAGAACUACACUCAGAAGGAGAAACAACCGAGAAAAGGACCCACCUGACCUUCAACGAAGUGGACUGUUACAACCUAACCGAUAAAGUGAGUUGUGCAAUUUACUCGCCAAAUGGGAAGUACAUCUGCGUGGGUUACCUGAACAACUUGAUAGAGGUGCUCUACAGUGAUACCCUAAAGCUGCACCUAACAUUGUAUGGGCAUAGUCUUCCCAUCACAUGUAUGGACAUAUCGAAAGACAACACGGUGCUGGCAUCCAGCUCGGCAGAUAAGUUUCUCUUCCUGUGGAACAUAGAAUAUGGCAGUAUCACAAAGAGGAUGCAUACGAACUGUGAUGUUCUAACAAAGGUGCAUUUCUUUAACAACAGCAAUAAUCUGAUAAGUGUAUCUAGAGAUGGGUUCAUAAAAAUGUGGGACGCAAUAAAAUUCCAAUGCAUCUGUACGAUGGAUGGGAAUUUUGGAGUCCUCACUUCGCUAGCUAUAAAUAGAGAGGACAAUUAUUUCCUAACGUCAGGAACGCAUCGAAGUAUCAGGUGCUGGAUGAAAAAAGAAGAUGAUAUGAUUUUCUUGGAAGAGGAAAGAGAUAAAGAAUUGAAUCUACAAAUAGAAAAGGAAGCCGUCAGAAAUGAUUUAUCCUAUCCAUCCUCUGUAGAAAAAAAUGCACUUCUAACUAAGGCCACUAUAAAAACGAUCGACACGAUAAAAUCAUCUGAGAAGUUGAUCGAAUAUUUGGAUAUAAUUGACGAAGAAUUAACCCUAAUGGAUAUUUAUUUUAAAAAUUUAACGGAGUAUGAAGAAGCGAAGAGGAAAAAUGAACUUCCUGAUUUCGUUCAGCCUCCAAAUAAAGUGAAGCCAAGACCAGAACUGCUAAAUAAAAAUCCAUUUGAGUUCAUCAUUGAAGUUAUGUGCCAUAUUAAAAAAAACAUUUUACAUGAAGUGCUAAUUUCUUUGCCUUUUUCCUAUGCAUAUAAGUUACUAAAUUAUAUCAAGACCUAUUUGAUGGCAUUUUAUUUUUUCCAGCGCAUUCAAAAUGAUUAUGGGAAAUUUAAAAUUUGUGGAGACUUCAGUUUCCACGUAGAAUAUUCCAUCAACAUCGUCCUGUCCAUCGUGAAUAUUUAUCGGAACCAGUUUCUGUUUGACGUGAAAUUUAGGUUCCUUCUGUACGAGCUGCAUCAACUCAUCAUUCCCCACCUGAGGAGGUCCCUCGAUCAGUGUGCCUUCAACCAAAGCACCCUCAACUUUCUGCUGCAUGCGUUGGAGGACGAGGAGGUGGGUGCUGAUGGGGCGUUGUAG